AUGACUUCCCUCGCCACCGCCAAAUUUGCCCUCAUUUCUCUUCUUCUCUGUACUGUAUUCCGAUACUCGGUCGCAGAAGUAAAUUGCAGCACAACAUGCAUUGUGGAGCAGUGUGACACGAUGGGAAUCAAAUACGGGAAGUAUUGCGGGAUAGAUUACUGGGGUUGUGCCGGCGAGAAACCGUGUGAUGAUGCGGACACGUGUUGCAUGAAUCAUGACGAUUGUGUUGGCAGAUUCGGAAUGACUCAUGUGAAAUGUCAUGUAAGGUUAAGGAACUGCUUAACGAGGGUACACAAAUAUGGGAAAGUCGGAUUUUCGAAAGAGUGUCCGAUCACUACCGCCGUGCCUACCAUGAUAAGAGGCAUGGACAUGGCCAUCUUGCUGAGCCAAUUGGGCGAAGCUGUUCCUGCUCUAUAA